GCAACAUCACGUCCCCAACACACUGCUUUGGCCCCUGCUUCGGAUAAACGGGAGGCUCAAAUCAGGCUCCGUUUGAGUCAAUCGGCUGGUCGUUGAGUCAUUCUUGACCUCGGCUUGGAGUCAACUGAUCGAUGCAGAUCGGGCAAACACGUCAGACAAGAUGUGCUCUUCUUGACUGCAUUGUGAGGGUAUAGCUCCUGGGAAACCCUGAUGUGACAGUCUAUGGGAGUCUCCCAUGUGACGGCAUCCCCUUGUUGGGCUCCAUGGUGGGUGGGGUCACUAGGAGCUGAACUUUUUUGAACAAUAUGGAUUCUAAAAAUCUAAAACUCCAACAUAGUACAGAACAACAAAUAACAAAUGGCGGAAAACUUUUCAGCGAGCCUGCAUACUUGAUAAUACAUGCUACGGGAGAUAAACCACUGUCCAAAUGCUCUCCUUUUUUGAUUCAAAAGCUAUUUGAAUCUACCAUUGGGCACCUGAAAAAAAUACAAAAGUUGAGGUCUGGGGAUUUACUUAUAGAGACAGCGUCACCUCAACAAUCAGCAAGGCUUUUGACAACAAAAAGUCUCGGAGAAAUGGGAGUUCUGGUCACACCACAUGGAAGUCUAAACUCCUCACGUGGUGUGAUAUCUGAGUCAGACUUGAUGUCAGAAGACGAAUCAGAUCUAUUGACGGGCCUUUCGGAUCAAGUUGUCACUAAUGUCAGACGCAUCUCUAUUCAUCGAGACGGAAGGGUGAUACCUACUAAACACCUAAUUCUGACAUUUAACAAGCCGACAUUGCCAUCUGUAAUUACAGCAGGAUAUCUGUGUUGCCCAGUUCGACCAUACAUUCCAAACCCGCUGCGCUGCUUUAAAUGCCAGCGGUUUGGACAUUCACAGGCAUCUUACUGUGGCAAGAAUGUAUGUGCACAGUGUGGGGAUGAAGGUCACGAGAGUACCGAGUGUACUUGUACCCCAUGCUGUGUUAACUGCAAAGAUUCACAUCCUUCCUACUCCCGAAAAUGCCCUGCAUGGCAGAGAGAGAAAGAGAUUCAGCGCGUGAAAACAGUUAACAAUCUACCUUACCCAGAGGCACGAUGCAUGGUAACUUUAAAUGCACCAGUGAAACAGAAGACAUUUGCUGCUGUUCUGAAAUCCACAAAGACAUGUGGAGUUUAGACAGACAUUUCUGUUUCACCAAAUGAAUUUCUAACUCGCCACGAAAAAUGUUUGCUUAUACCAUCUACACAUACAGCAGAAAAGGAGAGCAAGAAGAACAAAACACCCCUACCUAAAACAGGGGU